AUGCAUGCUGACGGUCGUAAUGCACUCAGAAGACUGGAAUACGGAGCUGCACGAGGCGCUCGUGGUCUUGAAUAUGGAGCUCUUGGCGCAGCUCGAGGACUAGAAUAUGGUGCCAUCUCAGGGUAUGAAUAUGGAGCACACGGUAUCGGACCUCUCGGUGGACUUGGUCUUGGAGCCGGUGUCACACCUGCAAUAACCAUCUUGGUUCCAUGGACACCACAAUUCGGUUUGGCUUAUCAGCAAUUUGUUAAUGGUGGUUAUGGUGGUUUAGGUGGCAUUGGAGCUUUGAAUGGUAUUGGUAGCUAUGGUCUCGGUGGUCUCGGUGGUUAUGGAGGAGUAGUACAAGGCGUUCCAUAUGGAUUUGGUGUAACAACAUAUUAA